AAAAACAAUCUUCAUUUAUUGGAUACCUGCAUAAAAAGCGGCGCAUUCCAAAAGAAACAAGACUUGUUUUUCGUGUCGUGCGCCCUACGUACGUGCUUAAUCAUGUUUCGUGUCGAACCCAGUAAUAUAUACUCCACGCACCGGCCAUACUAAUAUCUCGUUUCAUUACGUGACGUCGAUGGAGAAGCGGAUCAAGAGGGCGCGCGUGGGCGAGGCCGCCGCCGUCGUCGACUCCUCCUCCGGCGGCCUGUCGGCGUUCGCGCUCCGGUUGUCCAAGGAGCUCGCCGAGCGCGAGUCCAACGAGAACGUCGCGUUCUCGCCGCUGUCCGUCUACGCAGCGCUGGGCCUGGCCGCGGCCGGCGCCCGCGGCACCACCCUCGACGAGCUCCUCGCCCUGCUCGGCGCCGCCUCGCGCGACGAGCUCGCGGGGCUCAUGCGCGCCAUGGCGGACCACGCCCUUCCCGCCGCCGCCGCCGAUGGCGCCGCCGACCCUGUCGUCACCUUCGCGUGCGGCGUCUGGUGCCAGAAGGACCUGGAGUUGAAACCGGCCUUCCGCCAGGCCGCCGCCCAGUCCUACAAGGCUGAGGCACGCGCCGUCGAUUUCGUCUCCAAGGCGGAGGAUGCGAGGGAGGAGAUAAACGGCUGGGUGGCGGAGGCGACGAGGAAGCUCAUCCCCUCCGUGCUGCCGCCGAGAUCGGUGCACGCCGACACGAGGCUAGUCCUCGCCAGCGCCGUCUACUUCAACGGCAAGUGGAAGAAGCAGGACGCCUUCCGCAAGAGCCGCACCAAGGACCGCCGGUUCCACCGCCUCGACGGCACCGCCGUCCGCGUGCCCUUCAUGUCCGCCGAGCCGCAGGCGGAGCACUUCGUCGCCUGCCAUGACGGCUUCAAGGUGCUCAAGCUCCCCUACAUGUCGGCGGCGGCGGCGGCGAGGUACUCGAUGUGCGUGUUCCUCCCGGACGCGCGCGACGGCCUGCGCGGGCUUGUCGAUUCAAUGGCGGCAGGUGGCGCGGGCUACCUGUUCGGCAGAUUGCCCAGGUGGCGGGAGGAGGUGCGCAAGCUCCGGCUGCCCAGGUUCAAGCUCUCCUUCUCCUGCCGCAUGAAGGAUGCGCUCACAAGCCUGGGGCUCCGGGAGGCGUUUGGCUCGGGGGCCGAUUUCGGUGACAUGGUUGAGGAGAAGAAGGCAAAGGCGGCGAAGGAGGACUCCGGCGGUGCUGGGCUGUGGGUGGAGGAGGUGUUCCACAAGGCGGUGGUGGAGGUGGACGAGGAAGGCACCGUGGCGGCGGCCUCCACGGGCCUCACCAUGACCUUGCAGUGCGGCAGAGAUCCAGGGCCGCCCGUGGAUUUCAUCGCCGACCAUCCCUUCGCGUUCUUCGUCGUGGAGGAGGGGUCCGGCGCCGUGCUGUUCACCGGCCACGUUCUUGACCCUUCCAACAACUCGGGGGAAUAGCAGCCCUAAUUUUGUUUACUCCCCCCGUUCCGAAUUAACUGGCUAGCACGUCAGUUAAUUUAGCAAAGAUGGAGUAUAUAAUUAUAAUUCACACGGGAGUUCCAGGCACAGAUCAUUGUUGCUACCUCACUGGCACUCAUGUGCAAGGAAAUUGAUGCGGUUGUUUCUUCUUCUUGUAGCUUCUAGCUUGUUCUUCUUCUAUUAGCUUUGCCAAAUGAAACUACUGACAUUACAAACUGCAAAUCUGGGUUGAAAUA